GGAAGCCUCCUGAUCAGACCGGAGCGCACCAGGUUGAAAUAUGUAGAGGAAUGCGUGCGGGUUUGAGCAGUGUACACGCUUUUAAGAAAUUCUACUGUAAGUCCUUUCUUCUAUUGCGUGUGAAGAGCAAUUUAGAAAUUCUACUGCGCGCGGAGGUCUGGGGAAGCGGGGGGAGACGGGGGCGGGGGCGACGGGGAAGCGAGGGGAAGGGAAGGGAGCAGCGGCAAGCGCGCGGUGAUCGGGGGAAGCGGGCCGAGUUGGGGAAGCGGGGAGAGGAGGAAGGGAGGGGGGCGGGGCGGGGGGGAGCGGCAAGGGAGCGCGAGGGUGGGCAAGCGGGGGGCGGCGGAGGCAGAGCGGAGCCAAGGCAAGGGAUGACGGAAGGAAUCAUCCUCCAGUGGAGGAAUGUGUACGUGGUACUUCUGCGUGCGGCAAGCCUCCUCCUGAGGAUGACCGGAGCGCAACCGGUCAAAAGUCCGACAGGAGCGCAACCGGUCAAAAGUCCGACACUUUCGUCGAGGAAUGUGCGCGAGCUGAGCGGAGUUCGUGGUGGAACAAGAGUGAUGCGUAUCCAUACUGUUUCAUCAACUUUCAUGCAUGUAAUUGAGAUCGUGUUCAGAAGCAAGCGUUGGCCAUUGUUUAUCUUUCUUCUUCCGAUCAUCCUCUCCUCGUUCUUUCCGCGCGUAUCGGCCAUGGAUAGAGGAGGAGGAGGAGGAGGAAGCAACAGCACGAAUGGCACUACUUCUAGGACGUCGUUCACGGCGGAUUCUCCUAGUGAUCAUUGCACGGAUCGAGGUGGUUGCCCCACGGAUUACAUCGCAGCGGUCGUGUCGGCGUUCGUCUGUGGAUUCAUCUUGGCGGCGGCAAUUCUCUUGUAUAGUAAAAGAAACCACACUCCUUUCAAGGCCAAGCAAGUUCCAUUGAUGAUUUGGCAGUCGAUUGGCAGCAUUCUUUGGGUCAUCUCACUUGUGCUCGCAGUCGUAGUCAUGGAUAUGGCAGGGAGGAUGGCAGAGGAUGCUUUUGACAUUGUGGACAGCAUAUGCCAUAAGAGGACGCUGAGUCUCCAGUGUUUGCUCAAGAGUGGCAACGAAGGCCUCCUCUUGGGCAACGAUGAUGCAGAUGAUGAUAGCCGUGGGGGACGGUCUUUGCUUUGGCUGUGGCCCACUGUUGUUGAUGUCUGCAAGCUGUUGCCCCGUGCUUCGCCUAGGUGGUGGGUCAUGCGGCGAACAGGUGGGCUGUGGAAGGAUCUCCUUCCGUGUGAUGAUGCGGAGGAUGACCACUACUUGGGUCUCUUACGCAUGCGGCGGUCAUCAUUCAACCGUCUUUUGCGGAAGGUGGGUCCCCUCUUGGAGAAGGAGGUGACAAAGUUCAGGGUCCCUUUGGAUCCUGCGAAGAAAUUGGCGUAUGCUCUCCACAGGUGGGCGCACGGUGACUUGCAUUGGCAUACUUGUUCUGGCUACGGUAUGGGCAAAACCAGUGGACUCCGAGCCGUCAGAGAGGUGGCUGAGGCCAUUAUCACGUGUUACCGGAACAAGGUCGGGUUUGGGGGUUUUGCGGAGCGUCAUCGUAGAAUGCAGUUGUUUGACGCAUUGGGCUUCCCGAACUGUUGGGGGUGCAUAGACUGCACCCAUGUUUAUAUGGACAAGCCGCGCACGAGGGAUGGGGAUGACUAUUGUUCGGGAAGAUUCAACAGGUUCUUCAUUGUAGCACAGUUGGUGGUGGACUCGGAACUGAAGAUCCUGGACUUCUGCUAUGGAUUCCCAGGGACUGUUGGUGAUGGACUCGCGUUGAAGUCGACGUCACUGUACAGGCGCGGUCUGCAAGGUUCUCUGUUAUUGGACGACCCCGCUGAUCCUUUCGCUGGUGAGAGGCCGGCAAUUGCAGGUGUCCCUGGCGGGUACUUGCUCGCCGAUGGCGGGUAUCCCAGACCAAUGGCGGGGAGGGACUGUGUGAGGGAGAGGGGUGCGGUGCUGAAUGAAAUGGAGAAGAUGGAGAGGGAGGUUGAACGAGUGCACAAGUACUUAGUGGAGAGGGGUGAUAGCAUCACAGUCACGAUGCGUUGCGGUAGAUCUGUUUGUGAAAGUGAGAUGUCCCUCGAGAACAUUCACGCUCGGAGAUGGGCAAGUUCCGUUCUCAAGAGACUUCAUGCUUCAAGGGAUAGUCUGCGACAUUGCUGCGACGAACUUGUCAUCCACAACCUCCAGAUCCGACGAGAUAACGACGAGUGGAGACGAAUGUGGGAGGAGAGCCGAGUGGAAGUACGGGACACUACCCGAGCCUUGCAUGCUGCAGUUCGAGACAGGGACGAAGCUCGGUCGAGGUGUGAGGCGGCCGAAGCGGACGUGCAAGUGGCACAUCAGCAGGCUGAAACCGCUUGGAGGUUCUAUGACGACAUUGUGCGUGGAGUGGCAGUGGGGACUGUUGGUGACAACGAUUUGUGUGACGAAUUCAAAGCUCUUUGCCGUUGGUGGAAAGGGAAAAGCUGCAGGCACCUCAUCAGCAACAGAGGGUGGACAUGGGGCCACAUGUUCGUGUUGCGAGGAACUCAGUGGCAGGAUGAAAAUGAUGGAGAAAGAGAUCGCACAUCUUCAGAUUAGCAUGGGGUAGUGUUUAAUUUUGCCCGCAGCGGAGCAGAAUUGCAACCAGCAGAGAAGCGCAAAUGGGUUAUUGAAACAAUUAGAAAAGAACUAAAGAUGAAACAAUCGGAAGAGACAUUUACAUUGCAGAAUCUGGGAAGGAACAACAUCCUAGCGCUGUUUGUCAAGGAAGAACAGGCGAAGGCGGCAGCUGAGAUGCAGUCCAGGAACUGCAAUGGAUCGGUCUGCACGAUCACAAAGUGGAAAAAGAUCGAAAACAGAGUGGCGGAGAUCAGAGUGUCAACGAAGACGUCACCAAUCUGUUUUCGCUGCAGAGAACGGGGACACAUGGGCACAGACUCGCACUGUCCUAAAUUUCCCAAACAGGCGAAGGAACGCAAGCUCCUCCCCAACAUGCUGUGUGAGGUGGAGGACGCUCCGGGAAUCUGGUUCAUCGCAGACAGUAACUAUAAUGGAUGGGUCUUCGAUGACAAUUUGGAGGAACCAGAUUGGGUGUGGCACUACGCCGACCUGGAACCGACAGUCAAGAAACCUGACUUUUUUCCUCCGGCCGACAGCAGAUGGCAGAAAAAGGCGACGGGGAAGGUGGCAGGGAACCCGACAAAGAUUAGAUUGGACCCUCUGAUAGACUCACGGGUGAUCAGAGAAGAGAAAGACAGGGAGGAUCUCCUAUGGGAUCUAGACACGGUUAGGGAGAACGCAGUCUACCAAUUCACCCAAGAACCAAUCACAUUCCAGAAUUGGCUAAGAAAUCUGGAGCAGGCUGCGAAGAUCACAGGAAAAGGAACACAAAUGGACAACAAAAGGACACUAGAUUCUGUGGAGAACAGAGGGAGCCAGGAAGGAGGGCUCAAGAGGAGGAAGGCGCAAGGAACUGAAGGGGAGAAAGGGGUAUCCUCGCUCCCAACUGAGAAUGAAGAGAGGGGAAAGAUCACAGAGGUGAGUGGGACAGACUUGGAGAAGGAGAGAGAGGGGAGUAAUGCAGAUGGAAUCUCCUCAGAAGUCAGUGAAGAAGAGUCAGCAAAAUCGCUGCAAUGGCUCAGGGAGUAUGUGAACAAGGUCAAGAGAGAGAGGGAAUAUGCUUUUGACAUUCGGGCAGCGUGCCUGAAACACGCUGAGAAAUCCCAGACGAGCGGCAAGAGAGGUGUGUUGGGAGGGGUGGGUACAUCCAACAACCAGUUUGACGCUCUCAGGAAGGUCAAAGYUGAGGAACUGUCAGAAUACACAGCUUUCAGAUAUGCUGAAAAGAAGAGAGCAAGGGAGCAGGGUUUGAAAGACAAGGAUAGAACCGUGCCUGAGUCUAAGGAUGAAUUCCAGGAUUUGCACCCAAAGAAAUGGAGAUCAGGGAAAGGCCAGAAAAAAAAGACUCCUGACACAGCACAAACAGAAACCCAUGAGGAAUCAAACCGGACGCUGCUGGAAAAAGAAGUGGCGGUGGUCCUGGCUCAAACUGACAAACUGACAAAAUUGAAUGAGGAGUACGCAGCAGAGUUUGUCACGAUCUCACACAUUGCAAAGGAUCAGGCGCCAUUGGUAGUAGAAACAGCCCGCUCUUCUCGCCUUACWCUGAUGAAUGUUCRACYUCUGAUUGCAGCAAGAUACAUGGAGAAGAUGGAAGAAUGGCAGAUAGYGACAWAYGUUUCCUUUCAGAUCCCCYGCUUUGAGGAAGGCCARAAYGUAGCAAAUAUUCUCCGGGAAAAAAUUACCCCUGACUACCCGUUGGGGGUAUACGAUACAGUGGAAGCAACGACGGCCCARGAGACUUUGCAAUCGCCCACAGGGGAAGAGGACACACGAUCGCAACAAUCAGAACAGAAGAGACAAUCUCCCCAAGCCUUUUCACCCCUGAUAGUAAAGCUAGCMACGACAGCCAGCUUGAAAUCAGGGAUGAAAUGGAGACCGUGGCGGACRGUGACARCAGUGCCAUAUAGUGUCCUAGCAGGAUCUUGUUUACCGGCUGAACUAACUGCAGUGUCGGUGGCCCAACUGGUCAAAUCAGGUAUGUUGGAUGGAGAUGGGGACUUGGAUGCGGUGGCCUUCCCGGUAGACUGGGACAGAUUCUACAGGAGUGAGGAUUCGGACAAUGAUCUACGGGACUGGCAAUCGGAUAUGGAGGAGGAAGAGGAAGGGCAAGGAGGAGUGAAGGGAGGGACGAAUGACGAUAAGGAAGGGACUUCAGCUGAGGCUGUGGAAGAAGCUAGGAUCUCACUGAUGCAAGCAAGGAAUUUGUUCUCUUUCAGGUCCUUGCCCUGGAGUGCAUGCUCAUUGUGGAUUGUCUGGGUAGGUGGAUUGUUCGGAUAUGGACUCUGGAUAAGCUGCCACUUUGCACGAGUGUACCGCUUAUACUACGUCUUUGUGGGGCGGCGUUUGCCUCCUUUGAACUCUCUGCGGGUUGUCAUCGUUUUGCUCAUGCCUUGGCUUCUUAUGGCAAUAGUUGCAGAAGGCACACAGGCCUUUGAAAAUUAUAAUGGAAUCUGCAGGUGGGAUAGUGCUGCGGAUGCUGUCCUGUCAACAAUGAUGGGAGUCUAUGUAGCGAUGUUCAUCGUUGGAACCUGGCUUGUGCGGAACAUCCAGUUUGCAUUUAAUGAAUACCAUGAUCUGAAGAAGGCUACAAUGAUUACAGUCAUCUUCUUUGGUAUCUGGUUUAUGUUCUAUGUCGUAAAGAAUGCAAUUGAAGCGGACGAGUUAUCCCACAAGCUGCAAAUUGUUGACAGAUUCACUCUCGUCAUUGCGGCAGAUAUUGCAGCGCUUCUCUUCCUGUGGAUGCCCAUAGCGAAGCCAAUCCGCAUGCUGAUGGACCCCGAGAGUGAAGAUGCCAUCUUUCUGCAACACAUGGAAAACAAUCAGCAGAAGAGGGGAGAGAAGAAUGGGUUUCUGGUUCCAGGCUUGUCUCUUUCAGACCUGGACAGACCGCUGGAGAGAUUACUUGAGAAGAGAAUGUUUCUAGAAUCCUUCAAGAAGUUUGCUGAAAGCCGCUUUGCAGGUGAGGCUGUGCGCUUCUACGAGAUUGUGAGGGAGAGAAAAAAGUUUUCACCAAGCAGCACGGUCGAGAAAGUGUAUCUGGCAACAUACAUUAUUGACAAGUUUAUCCAAUCAGGAGCACCGGAGGAGAUUAACAUCUCAUCAAGGAUGAGGCAGCGCGUUCUGAGCACUUCGGAUCUAGGUGGCGAUCGUUUGUUUGACGAAGCAGUUAAGGAGGCAGUACGGAUGAUGAAGAUGAACUUGGAGAAGCAUUACCGGGAGUCAGAGCAGUUUGUGGAGCUGAAGAAGAAGGUGGGUGAAAUGGAAGAGGCGAGGGAGCAAUUGGAGAGAAUGAACCUUGCUCCGAAGGGAAGCAGGCGGUCAGAGUACCGACCCUCGAGGAAUGCCACACCUUCUAUGGCUGAGAGUAAUCCAUGGGCACUGCUGAUGGGGGGCCCUCCGAGUCCACUGAAUCCGGAAAUAUGGAAGCCUAGCACAGGUUUCAAUCUUCCAUUGCCCGAGAGGACGGCGGUGAAGGCCAGCAGUGCGGUCAUACGGAUGCCUGAUACGGAAUCACCGCAGCCUUCUUCUGCUGCUGCUUUUGUGCCACAGUCGCCACGUCACUCCCACGCACCGGUCCAGCAUCAGCAAGCGCACGGUUGCUCCGCUGGUUCUGAGGCAAAUUCACCGCGCUUCGAGCCUGCGGUAGGCCCUUCGCGAGAGUCUCCGCCAUUGAGCAGGGGAAGAACGAGUGGAGCGGAUAUCAGUCCGACUGCAAAUGCAGGCCGUCCCAAGGGGAGCGUCAGGACCAGAAUGCCUGCAGCGAUGGUUCCCGAUACUAGGAUAGCGAUUCCGUCGCCUGCCAGUGGACAGACACCACAAAAUUCCGGCGCAGGAGGAGCCUCAGGUCGAAGGAGAGAAAUAAAGAUCGCUGACACACCAUCCGAGUCGUCUGGCCGGCUGCGGGAAACAGAUUUCAAACCACCACCAAAUCCUGGGGGAUCUCAGGUGCAGAAUCUGACGGUAGAUAUUCCUAGUCGGCACGAUCGACAAUAUUCAAGGGCCAAGAGGUCAGUGCAUGGCAACUGGACUGAUUCGGAGAGGGGCAGCGUACUAGAUGAUAGCAGGGACAGGGAUGGGAGCACGGGAAGGAGGAAGAAACGAGUUGCUGCUAGCGACAGCGACUUGUAUCCGUUUCACACGUAUGGUGAGUACUUGGAGAAUGCGUCUCAGAAGCAGUCGAUAGCUGCGCAGUCUACAGCUGAAGGUGGUGUACGGCAAAGCUGGGGGAGGAGCAUCAGCGCCCCACAUUCUAAAAGAGGAAUACUGGGAAAUCCACUGAAGCGACCCUCUCGAUCUAUGAAGCUGAGUACAUAUCGUUCGAAAGGUUAUAAGCAGCACCCAUCCCACCGUCAGAGUCCAGGGCACGGUGAUGCUGAGCGUGGAGGAAGUGAGAUUCCCGAGAGGUCCUUUGCGAUCCGGGGCCGCUCCCUUUUGUCAGAAUUUGGAACGAGGACUGCCUCAUCUUCACAAGAGGACAGCAAUGUCAACAAGCCCAUUGGCGAGGGAUCGGAUUUGGUCAGGGCAUCGAACAACGAUCCAUACGAUCCUCUGUUGAGCUGGAAGAGAACGAGGAUUGAGCUGGGAUCUAGUCCGAUAAACAGAUCGGAGCCACUGCCAUUGCCUGGAUGGCGAGGGGAUGCGAAGGGAGGAGAGCCCGCUCAGGGAAUGCCGAUGUCUGCAGGCCGGUCCUUCGCAUUUCCAAGCUUCAGCUCGUCUGGCUCGUCCCCGAAUUCGCAGGCGUUCCGGCGAUUACCAUUUCAAGACAGCAGUGAAGACGAGUACGAGUCCAGCACGGGAGGGAGAGGAGGGGGGGCACAUCAUUUCGAUAUACCAUUGCGGUUUGCGAAAAGCCGCACUUAUUAACACAUCUGUUAUGCGGAGGACAGCAGCAUUACAUCCCCGACAUGUCACGACGGCAUCACCAGCAGCGGCCCGUGAUUGGUCCCGGUGGGCCCGUGCCAGGGGGGACCCCCCAUCAUUUCGAUAUACCAUGAUCACGGUUCGCAAAAAGCCCUACUUCUUAGCAGAUCUGUUAAUAUGCUGAGGACAGCAGCGUUACAUCCCCGACAUGUCACGGCAUCACCAGCAGCGGCCCGUGAUUGGUCCCGUUGGGCCCGUGCCAGGGUGGACCCACCCCAUUGGUUCCUUCAGCAGGCAAAGGCUUAAUUAUAUUAGAGAGUGCGGCAGAUCAGUGCGAGCGAGCCAGGGAGAUGGAGAUGGGAGUUCAUUGCAAGCUGUGGUGAUGCAUAUCACAGAGUCUCAUGCGAUCUCUGAAAGGAGCAGGCAAUCUGACCCAGUCACCCAGGUAGUGAGUGACACAUAUAGCUGUGGCGAUACAUAUCACAGAGCAGAGUCCCAUGAGAUCUCUGAAGGAGUUCAUCGCAAGCUGUGGUGAUGCAUAUCACAGGACUCUCAUGAGAUCUCUGAAAGGACCACUGCAGGCAAUCUCACCCAACCCACGUAGUGAGUGACACAUAUAGCAGUCGGCCGGUCGUUUUCGCAGCCGACGAACGAAGGAUCAUGGAAACAAAUGAUCGGGCGUCGUCAGACUAGACAAAAAGGAUAUCGGAGGGCGUGGCAGACCCUUGCCAACCAGGCAGACUUAAGUUUUUCACAAAAUGGCUUUCUUCAUUUUAUGGGCGACCGCGACACUGUGGAUAUCGUAUCAGAUCCAUGUCUCAAGAGUCGUUGCUCUCCAAGUCUUUCUGGCAAUCUUGCUUAAGCGUUGACCCUCGGUAGUACCAUGUGAGAAUAUAUGGUCAAAGUUCCCUCAUAUAUAUUGUCACAGCCCCUCGUUUGUUGUCCUCUUCUCUCUCUCUGCUUACGGUUUACCGGGCAGUUCUGUUUGUGACGAUAUAUAUAUAUAUCGUCACAGCCCCUCGUUUGUUGUCCUCUUCUCUCUCUCUGCCUACGGUUUACCGGGCAGUUCUGUUUGUGACGAUAUAUAUAUGUAUAUAUAUAGCACUCAACGGGCCUUUUUCAGGGUCAUUUAGCCGGGGUAAUUACGCGUACUAUACGCUCGCCGUAUAGUGCCCGCCCGAUCUAAUGAUAGUAGAGCUGAGUGAGUUAACAGGAUUGCAAAUCGCCCCGAGCCUGCGUGACGGAUUGGGAUUAUGGUUGAAACGGUUCCCCUCACCCUUCCCAACGGUAUGAUUGGUUGGGUUGGUCAGAUCUGCUCACGAGGAGUUCAUCGCAGGCUGCCCACUUCGCGGUACACGACGUGUCCCAGAAGUAACUUAGUCUAUCGAACGGAACAAGUGGUUCUGGUCGAAUAUCCAUCCGGGAAGAUGGCAAGCACGUGGUACAAAACUGUCUCCGUGUUCGGAGGCAAACUAAUGAUCGCAGCAGAAGUUGGUACCGCGGAGGGACACCCAGCAAGAGAAGGAAGGAGAAAGAGAACUCCCCUGCCGCUCCGAGGGUCGCAGCAUGGCGGUGUCAUCAUUCUUGGACUCUUGCCUGCCUGUGCUAUAAGGCCAACAAUUGUGCAUGUGAUGCCAGAACUUGAUUAGCGUCUUUAGCCGAAUAGAACCACCACCACCACCACCACCACCCCGCCCCGGCCCAGGGUCAUCAUUCAUACCUGUGUUUGGCACAGCUUCUGGUCCAGUGAUAAUGACCAGGCGUUUUUUUUUAAUUUUAUUUUAAUUAAUGACCAGGUGUUCUAGUCGGGUGACGACGGUAGCGUUGGUGGGCCAUGGGAAACCCCAAUCGUUGAAACUGCGAUGGUGGGUGGGCAAUUCCACGAGUUGCACCCACCAAGCUCCAGAUGAUCAUGUAUAUGACAGAGUACGAGACCGGAAGGAACAAGUUCAGGUCCCUUUCGAGCAUGUUAUAGCAGUUGAGAUCUU